UACUCCUAUUCGCGAACAAAAGUAACCCGGGUGCGCCGCAUUAGUUUUGCUGUGACACUUUAGUUAUAAAUAAACCAACCAUCUUGCAUUUAUUGUUGGCAACACUGUCCGGUCAAAGUCUACGUGUUUAUUGAGGUUGCAACAAAUUUAUUAAAUAAAAUUAAAAUUAACUAAAGUAUUAGCAGUACAUUAAGCAUAAUAAUGGCUUCUUAUAUGGCAAGGAAUAUUGUGAAAAGUCCUACGGCCCUAGGACUUGUACAACAAAAAUUCACUUGUGUACGUGCCCUCUCAAUUGGAAGCCAACUGAACCAAAAGAAAGCAAACCCAGUGGUCGGACAGAAUAUUGUACUCGUAGAUGGAGUUCGAACCCCAUUUUUACUUUCUGGUACAGAUUACUCCAAGCUUAUGCCCCAUGAUUUAGCUACACACGCUUUAAGGGGUAUCCUUUCCAAAACUGGCUUGCCAGCUGAAAUGGUACAGUAUGUAAUUUAUGGUACUGUAAUGCAAGAAAUCAGGACUUCCAAUAUUGCCAGAGAAGCUGCUCUUUGUGCUGGAUACAGUGAUAAGACACCAGCUCAUACUGUAACUAUGGCUUGUAUUUCAUCCAAUGUUGCAAUGACAACAGCUGUUGGUUUAAUUAACAGUGGUAUUUAUGACUUAAUUGUGGCUGGUGGAGUAGAAUUUAUGUCCGACAUUCCAAUCAGGCUAAGCAGAAAAAUGCGUAGCCUACUGUUGAGACAAAACAAAGCCAAAACUUUGGGUCAAAAAUUAAGCUUGUUCUCUCAAAUUAGACCUGACUACCUAAUCCCAGAGCUUCCAAGUAUUUCCGAAUUCUCGUCUGGAGAAACCAUGGGUCACUCUGCAGAUAGAUUGGCUGCCUCAUUUGGUGCUACCAGACAAGAACAGGACGAUUAUGCACAACGUUCCCAUUCUUUAGCUCAACAAGCCUCUGAUAAAGGAUACCUUACUGAUAUCAUUCCUGUGCAUAUGGCAGGAAGUGAUAAACCAAUCAUAAAAGACAAUGGUAUUAGAGUGUCAAGUAAGGAACAAUUAGCAAAAUUAAAGCCUGCCUUUAUUAAACCACAUGGUACUGUAACAGCCGCUAAUGCAUCAUUUUUGACUGAUGGAGCUUCAGCCUGUAUAAUUACAACAGAAGCUAGAGCCAAAGAAUUGGGUCUCAAACCAAAGGCAUACUUACGUCAAUUUACUUAUGUUUCACAAGAUCCCAUUGAUCAAUUGCUUCUUGGGCCAGCUUAUGGUACCCCAAUUAUUUUGGAAAAAUCCGGAUUGCAACUUAACGAAAUUGACACUUGGGAAUUCCAUGAAGCUUUUGCAGGUCAAAUUUUGGCCAACCUUAAAGCCUUGGACAGCGAUUGGUUUGCACAGAGAUACAUGAAGAGACAAUCGAAAGUAGGAUCACCUGAUAUCAGCAAAUUUAACUCCUGGGGAGGUUCUCUUUCCAUUGGACAUCCAUUUGCUGCCACUGGAGUAAGAUUGGCCAUGCAUACAGCCAACAGACUUGUCAGGGAGGAUGGACAAUUUGGAAUGGUUGCUGCAUGUGCUGCUGGUGGACAGGGUGUUGCUAUGUUGUUGGAGAGACAUCCAGAUGCCACUGCUAACUAAAUAAUUUAAAAAUUACACCAUUGUGUGCCUUCAAUUGUACAUCCUGUAUAUUUUUAUUUUUAUAAUAAUAAUAGGCUUCUUUAGACUAUGAAGAAUUAUAAUUAAGUGUAUUUAUGUUAUACUCCAAAUUCUGUUUUAAAUUAUUUUAAAUAUUAUAAAAAACAAUUUUAAUACAAAAAUAAAUUUAUAU